AUGAAGAACAAACACCGAAAUUUGGAUGUGAUCCAUCACGGUCUCGUACUUAUUUCCGAUGGGAAAGGCCGAGGAAGACCUUCCAGGCUUUUGCUCACCAAAGAUCAAAUAUCGAUCCAAAUCCCGGCUGACCUCGUCGUCGACGAGCCGUCAGUAGCUCCGGAAGAGACAGCCACUCGCCAAGUUGUUAUCAAGAAGCGGAAGGAUGUGCAAGGAUUGGGGUUGAGCAUUCGGGGAGGCGAUCAGAACAGCAGCUUCCCGAUCGUGAUUUCGAAAAUUUUCCCGGGUAUGCCAGCCGAAGAAACCAAACAGCUCUUCGUCGGUGACGCUAUCGUCGAAGUAAACGGUGUUGGAGUUGAUGGAAAAUCACAUGAUGAGGUGGUAGACAUGCUCAAAAGCGACGCCGACGAGGUCACCCUAGGCGUUCGCCACUACACCAGUAUCGCACCAUACUUAAAGCCAGCCGUCUCGUUACAACCCGGGAGGAGCGGCAGUGCCCUGGAUAAGUUAUACGAGCCGAAUACUUGGAAGUCAGCGAUGAAAGCCCACUCGGAUCUGGGCCUGUAUGAAAAGAAACCUGACGGCAAGGCGACGCAUCACGCAUCAUUAGGAACCCUUGAUCGUGAUGACGGAAAGUGGCGCACUAUCUCUACAAUUCCACUGCCAAUGGCUUACAUUACGAGGUUUUUGUGGGGAACCGAUAAUUUAAGGCAAAACGCCUUCGAACUUCGCGCUGUUGAUGGCACAUCUUCAGGGAUUAUUCAUUGUGAGGACAAUAAAGCCUUGGAUCAGUGGCUAAUAAAAAUCCACCAUCACAUCAACCACCUCAACCAGAAGAGCAUCAAGAUGAGCAACAAGUAUUUGCAUCAGAGUGAGCAGAUCAGCCACAUUGGCUGGGUAAACGAGCGAAUCCCCGAAGACCUCGCCGCAGACCCGAAACAACGUUGGGAACCCAGAUUUCUGAUCCUGAAAGGAGGCGAUAUCUGCUUAUUUGAGACGCCACCGCUGAAUUCUGACGACCUUGGAAAAUGUUUGAAUCUUUACAAGUGUUAUGAUGUGGCAGUGAAACAGAUUCCGGAUGACAUGCGAAAGCUGGACAAACGGGACAAUUGUAUUUGGAUUGAGACAUCGAUGGGGGUUGACGCCCGGCACUAUCUAGCCUUCGAAUUCCCGCAAAUGCUAGAACAAUUCGAGGCGACUUACUACCGUUGUGUACAUGCUACAAUUAAUGCUUUACAGACGCGCACCUUUGCGUGCAGUUACGAAGGGCGCCCGAGUGGACUGGUGUUUGACAUCAAACAGGGCAUCAGCUUGUAUGAUAUUCCGACAAAGAGCUACGCCUGGCAAUACCGAUUCCGGGACCUCCACUCGUCAUCGGAUGAUGGGAAGGUGUUAGUACAACUCGUCUUUAACGAUCCAAGAAGUUUGGACCCAAGUAAAUUGGAGACAAAGGAUAUGGAGUGCGAAGAGGUGCUGGCCGUAGUCUACAACCUACACGCAUUCCUCAUCGCGAAGAUUGUCGCCUCGGAUCCGGAAUUUUUGAAGCAGAACCCCCUGGCCCUUGCUCAAGAUACUUUCUUGAUCGGCGACAUUAUUUCGGAUAGACCGAAUCGAUACUUAAAAUUUGUUUCCCACAAUUUCAACGAAAAACCUGGGCCUCUGACCCUGAAAAAAGACGCAAAGUUGUUGAAAGAAAAGGAUGGUAUCGUGCAGUAUGACUUGACUUCACAUGGAUGGAUGAUAUCUUUUGGGAAGACAGACAUUGGGCAGAAGUUGUUGGAUCGAAAUCAGGAGUCCAGGAAUUCGUGG